AUGGAUACCGAAUUAUCUCCUGUUGGAGUGGAUCAAGCUAAUCUUGUUGGAGACAGGCUUAAAAAUAUUCAUUUUGACGCUAUAUUUACUAGUGACUUGAAGAGAGCCGCAGAUACCGCAGAGGCCAUUAAACGAGUAAACAAACAAAGUUCUUUUGCUUCGUUCACAAGUCCUUUGAUGCGUGAGAGAAAUUUUGGCUUCUACAAUGGAAAACCAAGAGAACAAAUUCACAGAUUUAUUGCUGAAACCAAAGCCCAUCAAAUGGGCUGUCAAAUGUGGCGUGAUUGCCGAGGCGAAUGUAGCCACGAGGUAGGGAUUGAUAUUCUGGAGAGCCGUGAUAUAUUCUGGAGAGCGCUCAACUUCUUCUUCGAUUUAUGUGAGUUCGCUGCAAAUCAAGAGCCAAGAUCGGCCCCCGAGUUCCCCAGUCAAGGAUCUACUGAACUUCCUGAGUAUGCCGAACCACUGCCCCUACUAUUGCCUCUUCGACAACCACCAGUGCCUCAGGCUUUUGUACCGCCGAUUCGUCGUACGGACGAAGACGUCAGCCACGCGUCGUCUUGUACUACCGGCACUAAAUAUCAAAACAUGGACUACGUCGGACACUUCAUCUUAGUAGGUCAUGGUCAGUGGAUCCGCGAGUUCAAUCACAUCCUGCACGCACUCGCUGAACAACACCAAGGUUUUCCACUCCAGCGCCGGAUGAUUGCAGUACUAGAGAACUGCCAGUUCAACCAGUUCGGCGUUGCCUUUGGUCGUGCGCAGCUAGCCCUUCGUGCCAGUCACAUACGUGCCGUGGUCGAAUCUGCCAUAGCUACUAAUAGGCAGGGGAAGUGCAAAUCCCUGUGCCCGUACGAGCUCCGUGAUUUUGAUCGGCUGCCGAUAAGUACAGUAUGCUAUCAUUUGCGCCUCGACGCAGAUAGUGUUUGCAAUCACCUAACAACAGGAUCUAAAGUUGCUGAUAAUGCGGGAGAAUUUGAGGAAGUCGUUCCUUCCGCGGGCACUGGUGUGGAGACCCUCUACUUUGCAAGAGAGGACGACGAAUACGCAGGCUUACCCUUGGCUAAAUAA